AUGGAAUCCAUUAAAACUCGUGAUCUUCCAAAAGAUUUCGAAGAAAGCCUCAUCAAAGAAGAAGAACCAAAGCCAACAGAACCAGAGAAACCACAAGAAACGCCUAAAGAAACAAAGGAAGUUGCUACGGAAGUAAAAACACAAGAAGUCAAAGAACAAUCGAGCCUUGCUAAAAAACAAAACCAAUCAGCAGAUUUGGGCAAUAUUUCACCAUUAUGCGUGAUUAUUGCCAUUUUGAUUUUAAUAUUGGCAGCUCUCUACAUGUUUUAA